UCGACAAUUGAGCAUCACAUGGCAGUCUUAUGUCUAGCAAGUGCAUGUGCUGAUAAUCAGAUCUCUCCUACACAAGUGAAACAAAAUAACCUUAGUGUGGGAAUCUGCUCACUGCAGUUCCUUCUUUCUUAAGAAUUAUUGUCGUCAGUAGAGAGGGAGGGGUGUGGGGUCUGUUGCUGCUGAUGCUGUUGUGUAGAUAUUGCGUUUAUCUUUCUUCUAGUCAUCCCCGCCUCCACUUCGUGCUUGUCAACACCGGCGGCAUUCGCGACCUAGAUGGCUGCACUUGGCACUCUUUUGUGAGAUUAUUUUCCUGAGGACUUUUGACCUAUAAAUUAACCAUGACUGACCCAACGACACAAGAUUCCUUCCCCGUCCCGGAUCCCACAAUCGUGGAUCCUUCAGCUGUAAGAAACGGCGGAUGCGCUCCGGAGGCGAACCUAUCCAAAAGACCGAGUCAGGGCGAUCCUUUCAGUAUGGACCGGGACCAAGAGAUGAGAAUCACGGACAGUGUUGAGGGACAAGGUAGCCUGCUGGAGAGCAGCAUGCGACUAAAGCCCCACGAGGCUCAAAACUACAGGAAGAAGGCAUUGUGGGUGUCUUGGAUCUCCAUCGUGGUGACACUCAUCCUGGCAGUGGCAGCCUUCACUGUUUCAUUCAUGAGACAUAGCGCAUCAGCCUUUGGAUUUGCAUUUGACGCCACGUUGGACGUGCUAUCUUCAAUUAUCGUGCUGUGGCGCUAUAGCAAUGCCGCAGCUGUCCACUCUGCCCAUAGGGAGUACAUAGCGUGCGUGGUCCUUGGGGUGGUCUUCAUCUUGUCCUCCCUGUGUAUUCUGGGAAAAGCAAUCCAUGACCUGGCCACCAAGCUGCUUCCAGAAGUGGAUGACUUCCUCUUCAGUGUGUCUAUUGUCAGUGGGAUUGUAUGUAUCAUCCUGGCUGUGUUCAAGUUCCUGCUGGGGAGAGUGCUGACCAGUAGAGCCCUCAUCACUGACGCGUUUAACUCCAUGGUGGGGGGCAUCAUGGGUUUCUCCAUCCUCAUCAGUGCUGAGGUGUUCAGACACCACCCUGACAUUUGGUACCUGGACGGAUCCAUCGGCGUCAUCAUUGGACUCAUCAUCCUCGCAUACGGGGUCAAACUGCUGCUGGACAUGGUACCCCGCGUGAGACAGACCAGGAACUACGAACGCUUUGAGUGAACGCUCCGAGGACAAGGGUUACACCGGCUGCACCCCCCACACCCUCCCCUACCCCUUCUCUCUCUCUCUCUCUCUCUCU